AUCAACUUCUCUUCGCUGCAUUACCACCGGCCAUGCUCCUCAUUCGAUUGCAGCGACCACGGCCCUUGUCAGGCGUGCCCUCCUACAUGCUUCGCAUCCUGCAUGUACGCGGUCAGUUGGUAGAGAGGAGGAGGGGAGGGACCGCAAGUCGAAGAAGCAGAUCAUCCUUGGCUAGGACAUACUUACUAUGUAGGUAUGUGCAUCCAUCCAUCCAUCCAUACCUCUCCCUACCUAUCUCCUACCCAUCCCGUACGUACCUACAGGAGAGGAUCGAUCCCUUAUAGACAAGUGAGACACGGGGCAUCGCUUGCAGUUAGGAGCUGCAGGUUAGGAGUAGCAUGCGGUGUUAUCGCCGUCUCCCAACUAACUAGGAACGUACGUAGCACCCGAUAUCCCAAGACCCAGGGGGGGCAGAGAGGACUGGAGAUCAUACGGUCCCGGCAUAGUCUAGUUGCAGUUAUCGGCGGGAUCGAGAUGCCGUCUCUGUGUCAUUACCCAGUUGAUGAGCCUGUUGCAGCCUAUGCAGGCAUCCGGGGAUUUGCUAAGGGAGCAGCCAAUCCCCCACGUCCCUCCGCUGUAGGACGACCGAUCUGGGAUCGUCACCCUGUCGUGUCCUUCCAUCGCCUUUUUACCUCCUACACCCUCUUUUUCCUGCUAUUACUAUCCUCACCUUGCGUAAAACCUCACCGGGCGCGCGUCCCGGUCCUGAGCACACCUAGAUUAUCUCGAGAGGAGAAAAGAGACGGGAGGGGAACAACACCGCUCACUCUCUCUCCCACGCCCACCACACCUACGCGGGGGCACACACGCCAGGUUAUGGGAGUAGCUGACGAAGUGAGUGCUUCGCAGAUCUCCAGCUGAAGCCCGAAAGCAGAAGAGAGAAGCAACAGUAGCGCGGCGACCAGUCGGCCGUCCUAUCGAUCGACGAUCGAGGAAUAGUAAGCGCAGCGCGUGCCAUUCGCAUCCGGCCU